CUCCUCGCCGCUUCAAGCUCUUGUCCUUUUUCACCUCUGAAGCAAUGCUUCAUUUCUUCAAUCUAGAGCUUGUCUAGAGUGGGUUUGUGGGUGUUUUUCCACUAUAUGGAUUUUGGGGUGGUGGGUUUGGAUGGGGUGGUGGGUUCGGACACUUCUGCUACUACAACUUCUGGUUUAGCUUCUCUUGCUUCCGAUCCUGAGACAAAGGAGAAGUGGUACGGAUCAGGGUUUCUAAAGCAGGAGAGAUCUUGUAGUAAUGAAGAUGACUGGAGAAGCUCCAAACUGGCCAAAACUGAGGAUUUCUCAGCUUCCAAGGCAAUGCCGUUCCAGCAGAGGAAUAGUUUAUUAAGAUCCAACGCCUCUAUCUUCCCGGAUGUGCAGCAGAAUCAGCAAAUGCUCAGCUUCUGUUCUCCCAAAGCAGAGGAUAAAUGUUCCCCAAAUGUCACAUUCCCUUACUUUCACCUCACAUCCCCUGCUUUCAGUAUAAACACAGGAUACAAUAAGGAAGGUUUCAAUGUUGCAAACAUGAAUGGGGUCUUAGCAGGGGCUAGGGGGCCCUUCACUCCAUCUCAAUGGAUGGAGCUGGAACACCAGGCCUUGAUCUACAGAUACCUCUCUGCAAAUGUGCCUAUUCCUUCUCAUCUUCUACUCCCUAUAAGAAAGGCCUUUGAUUCUGCUACCUUCUCUGGUUUUUCCGGCGGAUUCCUCCAACCCAAUACAUUGGGAUGGGGAAGUUUCCAUCUGGGAUUCUCGAAUAAUACCGAUCCGGAGCCCGGACGGUGUCGGAGAACGGAUGGGAAGAAAUGGCGGUGCUCGAGAGAUGCGGUUACCGACCAGAAGUAUUGUGAGCGGCACAUGAACAGGGGCCGCCACCGUUCAAGAAAGCCUGUGGAAGGGCAAUCAGGCCAUUCCGCUGCCACCAACAACCCAUCCGAACUGAUGCCUGCUACAUCCUCCUCCCUGGUGAUUGGACCCACCAUCGGCAGCGGUGUGUCCGAUAGCCUCAGCAUUGCACAGCAUCAGCUCAAGAACUUGCAGGCCGGCGCUGCAUCUAAUCUCUCCACGGCAGCACCCCUUAACAGGAUGUUUCUGAACAGAGAGAAUGCGGUUAAAAGAAUGCAAGAUACCGCUGGCCUGUCCAUGAUAUCUAAAGAAAAUCCAUUGUUCAUUCAAAGCCAGCAGAACCCAUUUGAUGAAACCACAAGAAAUGGUUUUGUAGUUGUUUCCUCUGACUCCCUCCUCAACCCUUCGCAUAAAAAUUCUCCCUUGGUAAACUUCAGAAACUUUGGUUCUUCCCAGGAUCUUACUGACCAAGGAACUGAAUCCCAGCAGUCCCUCCGCCAGUUCAUGGACGACUGGCCUAAAAGCCAGACUGAUCACUCUACCAUUUCCUGGCCUGAAGUAGACAUGCAAUCAGACAGGACUCAGCUUUCAAUUUCAAUCCCCAUGGCUGCAUCAGACUUCAUGUCUUCAGCUUCCUCUCCGGAUAAUGAGAAGGUCAUGCUCUCGCCUCUUAGAUUAUCGCGUGAAUUUGACCUUAUACAGAUGGGGCUAAGAGUGGGCAGUGUUAUCAAAGAACCAAACCAGAGGCAAGCAAACGAGAUUCCCAUCUCUUGGGAGACUUCCCUGGGUGGUCCUCUUGGGGAGGUUCUGAAUAAUACCAAUACCAGCACAGCAGACUGCAAACACUCAUCAGCACUCAACCUGAUGACCGAGGGUUGGGAUAAUAGUCCUCGGCUAGGAUCAUCUCCAACCGGUGUCUUACAAAAGACUACCUUUGUAUCCCUCUCAAAUAGCAGUGCAGGUAGCAGUCCAAGAGCAGAGAAUAACAAGAUUCGUGAAGGGGCCAGCCUUUGCAAUGAUCUCCUUAGCUCAACCAUUGCGCAUUCUUCCUCUUGGCCUGCCUUGUAACCCUUUUGACCUGCAAACCAAAAACUGAUUUAGGUACUGCAAGAAGAAGAGAUGAUGAUGAAGCUUUAGUCUAAAAAGCUUUUAGUCAGUCUGUUAUAUCUCAUUUAACCUUUUUAAUCUUUGUAUCCUUUAAGCAUGGUUUGUUUAGUAAAGAUCAGAUUCGGAAAGGCAGUUUGAGUUUCAAUUUUUCAGCACCUAAGUGCAAAAUAUUCGGUCGAUUGAGACAUUGACAAGUACCAAUUUUAUUGCUGUUGGUUGGUUGGCAAGCAUUGAAGUAUGAA